UCAAUGAAUUGCAAAUGUCAAGUCAAACGUCAGAUUCAGCCAAGUUGAGCCAAGUUAAAGGCGGCAAUUGAACGUAUUUGAUAAAAUCGAAAGAAGCCCCAAAAGGAUUUGAGAAAAUAAUUGAACUCGUGAGAAUAGGAAAGUAUCCGCCGACCAGAGAGUGUCGCAGCGUUCAAAGUGACCUGUACAGUAAUUACCGAGGAAUCAAUCCCUACCAAUAUAUUUUAUACGAUCUGCAUAAGUUUUAUACGAAUAUAAUAUAAAAUAUACAACCUAAAUAAGGUUAGCAACAUGGAAUUUGAGGACGACUUUUUCUUCGAGGAGGAUAAAAUUCUAACGAACAGCUUCUUAUCGCCUUCAGACACAAUACCUUCCACCAAUGCAAAUGGAGUCAACGAAGAUCUCGGUAUUUCUUUAACAGCUCUGCCUCGGGCUAACAUCGAACUGCAUCAGCUGACCAUGAUGGAAGACCGCAUUCCAGACAUAGAACUGGUCGCACGAGACAGAGUCGCCACUGUCACCCAGCUGCCUAGCAGCCAACUGGGGAUGACCAUAACGUCGGGGAAUGUCGUGAUUCAGAAAGACAGCAGCAAUUUAAUCGGGAUCAGCAUUGGAGGUGGAGCUCCACUUUGCCCUUGUCUUUACAUUGUCCAAGUGUUUGACAACACGCCAGCUGCUGCAGAAGGUACGCUGCAAUCCGGUGACGAACUUGUUGCAGUUAAUGGGGCCUCUGUUAAGGGAAAGACCAAAGUUGAAGUGGCAAAAAUGAUUCAGGCUUGUGAUGGACAAGUCAGCAUCAAUUACAACAAACUCCAUGCUGACCCAAGGCAAGGACGAUCCCUUGAUAUCGCUCUGAAAAAGGUCAAGCACAGACUGGUCGAGGGAAUGGGGAGUGCCACAGCAGAUGCCUUGGGCUUGUCCCGAGCUAUAUUAUGCAAUGAUGCGUUGGUUCAACGAUUGGCUGCUCUGCAACGGACUGAAAAUUUAUACAGAGGUUUAGUGGUCCAUGCAAAAGCCACUCUACGAGCUUUUUUCGAUCUCACUCAAGUAUAUAAAGCAUUUGGUGAUGCUUUUGCGGCCAUUGGGGUAAGGGAGCCUCAACCACGUGCGAGCGAAGCGUUCAGGCAAUUCGGUGAACAACAUAGACAGAUGGAAAAGUUCGGAGUAGCGAUGCUAAAAGCGGUGAAACCCAUUUUGAGUGACCUUGGAACAUAUCUUCAUAAAGCCAUUCCGGACACGAGAUUAACGAUCAGUAAAUACGCGGACGCCAAAUUCGAGUACCUCUCUUAUUGCCUGAAAGUUAAAGAGUUAGACGACGAGGAGCAGAGUUACGCAGCGCUCCAGGAGCCGCUGUACCGUGUAGAGACCGGCAACUAUGAAUAUCGACUUGUUUUGCGAUGCCGACAGGAGGCGAGAUCGAAAUUCGCUAAGCUCAGGUCCGAUGUUCUCGUGAAACUCGAAUUGCUCGAUAAUAAACACGUUCAAGACGUCGUAUGGCAGCUGCAAAAGUUUGCCUCUGGAUUAGCUAAGUGUCACGCUGAAAGCAGGGACCUCCUAUCAGAGUCUACCUUGUUUCCCGUCGAGGUCGACCUAUCGCGAUCGGCAUUUCAGUACAAAACUACAGGACCGCUUCAGUCUUCGGUGGAUAGUGAAGACGGGGAUGAUGAAGAAGACGCGAAAGCGAAUGAAAAUGACGAAACACCGAUGCUAGAUAUCCAGGAAACUGUACUCUUGUCCACAGAGCCAAACCAGUUCUAGCGAUAUCUCAAAAACCAAUGAGAAUUACGCGUACUCUUUAGAUCCUUUUAUUCUAUUACUUUGUUGCAUAAGCUAUCACUUAAAAGUAAAUGAAGUUCAGACAAGUCCCGGCAGUUGUUACACUUUUAUUCGGUAUGUAGCUCGAGUCAUACGGUUUGUCUUAUUUGUUUACAGACGAUUCAAAGAGAUUGCCAACGAAAAAGGUAAAUUAUAAUUUAUACCAUAAAAAAACUACAGAUUUCUGUAGAAUUCCGUCUCUCAGCUUGCUUAAAUUUAGCGUAGGAAUAGCUUUUUUAAUUUCCUUUAGUUUCAUGAAUUGUAGUCUUUAAGACUAGUCAUUCACAAAACUGAAAAACAAGCUCUUAGGUGUAACUUUUCUGUUGUUUUUCUUUCUGGUACCAAAUAUUUUCUUGAAUACUGGUACUGAGUAUCAGUGAGAAAGUUUUUGCACAGUUGACAUUAAAUUGAUGAAAUCGUUACAUUACUUUCAGACAGUAUUGACGUAAAGCUAAAUAUAAUCCCACGUUUCAUUUUACUUGAUUACUUAUCAAGAAUUACCGCGACGUAUUGAUUAUUAAUUUAUUCGAAGCUCUUAAAUUUCGUGUGUGAUUAAAAUAAGAUUAUAAUAAAAGUAAAAUACUAGUAAAAGAAGGACAUUAAUGAGGGAAAGUGAUGAAUUUUCUACAUUCGUUUCGUAUGGAAGCUAGUCAAAAAUAAAAUGAUUUACUUUUGGAGCCGACUGUUACUUCGACUUUCAAGUGUAACGAGAAUCACGUGUUCUCAUUUUCCAUCGCUUCUUUUUUCCGGUAGUAUGUAUGAGUAUAUACAUACAUACAUUCGUGACAGCAUGUACAUUUAGUGAGAUGAAAUUUGAAGAGGCCGUGAUUAACUCCAGGGAUAGUCUGCAUUGGGUAGAUACGGCAAAAAAUAUAUCACACCACCAGCAUACGUAUAUGCAGAAGUGUACAUCCUUGCGCGGCAACAUGUAUAUUCAACAAUUAUUUAUAGCAAAGAGUAAGACCAAUAAAGCAUAAAUUGAUGAAAAACA